CGACAGUACUCACAUCAAAACAACUAACAACACAAUACCUCACAUCACAACAACAGACAUCAUGUCUCUCCAACAGUCUAACAACCAAUCUCGUCCUGUCCAUACUUGCAUACUGGCCAUGCUUCCCGCAGAGGUCAUCUACGAAGUUAUUGACGCAUUCCGCAGAAAUCCCUACGACCCCGACGACCCCCGAGCUGGCCUCGAUAGUCUGGACCAGACCUCUCCUCGCCUGCGCAGCCUCAGCCUCGUCCGCCCUGUCUUCUUCCGUGCUAGCAACUUCAAACAGUUAUUCCAAUCUCUUCGCGUGGCCAAUGCUACCAUGAUGGAUCGUUGUGAGUAUUGCGACGCGGCGCCCAUCUACAAGCUAUGGCCUCGGCCUCAUGUAGUACCCCUGGAGUUCAUGGAACUUCUUCUGGGCGGCGUGCACGAGGUUUCCAGUCGGUGUGACAAUCGGUUGGGAGCGAGAGCUCGCGACAAAAUAUCCAACGGUCUGAAGUGGCUUUUCGAGAGAGGCACUGAUGGCGAAACCACAAAUCGGUCGUGGGCCCGCUCCUCGGAGUCGUUCGAUCACAUGAGUAAAAAUCUCCUGGCACGGCUGAGACGAGGUAGUAGCAAGCGCGGCAUGGAAACCAUCUUCAAAACGAUGAAGAUGUUGAGCAUCCAUGGGUAUCCUGUCCCAACUCGCGAUGACACCUUUCCUGGCCAGGUAAUUCCAGAUGCAGAUGAGUGGCGCCACGAUAGCAAGAGGAGUUACCGUACGUCGUCGCCGCUGAGUAUAGCACUCAAGUCACAUGUGACCCCUUCUAUUCUAGAGCUCAUGCUGAGCGAACAUGCUGAUCGAGGCAUUAAGCUGACGGAUUGGUAUGACGAGUGUCCAACUAGCCUUGUCAAACUUGCAACACAAGAAGAUACAUGGGGUGUGUCAGUUAACUGGACCGAAGUCAGCUACGUCGACAGGCUAAUAGGGAUUCUCCACGCUGAUCUGCACAAAAAAUGGACUGGUUGGGAGGAAGAGUACUUUGGUGAGGUCGCAGACAUUUUCCAGGCCAAGCUCAAGCUGAUGAUCAAGUACGAAAUGAUCGACACCUCGGAGGAGGCUCUUCUCAAGAGCAUCGGAUCAGCUCUCUACUCCAUCGCCGCAGAUGGCAUGCAGGCAGGUGGUUAUGACCAAGAGCACAUCAAAAGGUCGUGGGAGAAGCUCUGCGAUGCUGUAAAGCCAUUCGCGACCGAUGCCAAUUUGGUAGAGGAUCCUAAUGGGAUACAGCUUCCCAAUGCACCACGUCGCAUUCACAGAUUUGCCAUUCACCCGGAGUGGAAUCCGUGGGAGUCAUGGUUUCGGCGGCAAGACGAAAUUCGACGCGAAGAAUGGAAGGAUAUGCGGUUCUGGCACGCGACAACGAAACGGUUUAAACCCAUGCAAUAUGACCGUGCUACCAGUCUUGGGGUUCCAGAGUGGCACACGGUCAGUAUGGAUGAGUGGGACGCUUUCUUCCCACGCCCGGAAUAA